AAGAAGAACCUUGCGCAUUAACAAGAUAUGAGUGAUAAAUCUAAUAGACAAUAAGGUUAUAGGUUCGCUACUGUUCAAUACAACAUAUAUGUGCAUUUGUCAUGUUAAACAAGUAACGAGUGAACAUUUCGUCUUGAAAAUGCACUGUACUGGAAAUGUGAAGCGAUAGAAGUCCAUGUUAUUGGAGGCAGGGCAGUGAACCUCCAGGACCAGACUUGAAGAACCCUCCAGUAGGAUGACUUGAGUGUAGUCUUGCUUUACUUUAUUUAAGACAUCCUGUCUUAGGCCAUAGGUUGUGUAAACAAUGCUGAGGUGGUUUUCAGCAGAUGAGUCCAGCUCUGUGCAUGGAGCUCCUGGCUCCCCGCAGGUGGACACGGGCAGUGAUAUAAGAUUUGCUGAGGUCACUGAGCGGCUAACACAGAUGGAGGAACUUGUGGCCCAUUUAAAAGAGUUGAUCAGGGAAAAGGAUGCAGCACUCAGCAGUAAAGAUAACCAAGUCAUGGAGCUGACAGAACAAAUGCAGCACUUGCGGGGUGAGAGAGAAAACUUUCAGUCAAAGCUGGAGGCAGAACGUCACAUUACUCGGGCUCGGAUCAAGGAUCUGAUGGAGAAACAUGAGGCAGAGCUUCUCAGGGCUGCUGAUAAACACGAGUCUGAGUUGUCAGAGAAGGAGCAAGCCUUACGCAGACAGCUUGAGACUCUUCAGCGCUCUAUAUCACAGCCCGCAGAUGCAUCAGCAAACCUAUCCACCUGCAUUACAGUGCAGAGAGUCACAGAGUUGCAAGCCCAAGUGAAGCUGAAAGAAGCAGAGGCCAGUAAAGCAGAAGCAAAGUUCUUAAAAUUGAAAGCAUGGUCCAAAUCUCGGAUCAGGCAGUUCGAGGAGGAACUCAGAAAAGUUCAGUCUGGUGUAUGUCUCGAUAUGUCCCCUGAUGUCACAUCCCUACAUAGUCGCAUUACUGAAUUGCAAGAGGAGAGGGAGGAAAUGCUCAGCAAACUGGAGCUGUAUGAAGAUAUAAAGGCAAAAAAUGAUGAACUGCAGAAGCAGCUUAUGGAAUAUAAGGAACAGCAGAGGAAGAUGCAGGCCGACCUGGAGCAGGUGACCAAGAGAGCAGCAUCACAGGUGAGUGAAACAGGCAGCAUAGAUGAUGUUCAGGUGAUGGAGUGGCAAGAAAUGAUUACCAUGGUGACUGAGGCAGAAAGGGUUCGAGAUCAGGGUUACGAGAAGAACGUCAUGGCCUUCAGAAUGAGCCAUAUCGAGGAGGAGAGAGAGGCAUUAGCCAAUCGGCAACAGGAAGUGGAGGAGGAGUUGGCCCAGGCCCGUGGAUUCUGCCCACAGAAAAGCAGGAAGCCCAAAUAUUUCACCCCACGCAGCCUGCAGGAGGACUUGGAAUAUCAUAAUAGGCAAGACCCAAUAGGCCCUACUGAUUGCGAUGUUCUUGUGAAUGGAGAGAAUAUGGGUGGAUGGUGGCCCCAGCACAGUGCUGCAGUUACAGAUGGCUUGAGGUCUGUUGUUGAGGAGCUUGAAUUAGAGAGAAACCAACUGCAGGAACAGAUUUUGGUCCUUGAGAAACAGUGCCAAGAUCUAGAGGACCGUCUGCAACUUCAGGCUCGCAUUGAAUUACUACAGGCGACGUUUGGUAUAGAUGAAGGUGGUCGAGCAUUGUCCGCAUCUCAGAAUGAAUCUGAGCGCCUGCAGGCACAGGUUGCCAGCCUUCGCAGUCAGCAGAUUAGAGACACAGAAAAGCAUCAGCUGCUCGUUGCCAGCCUGAACAAACAACUCAAAGGACUGAGCAGCACACAGGAGUGUCUGGAGUCCUCACUCAUGGAAAAGGAGCACACACUUGCCAGAACCUCAGAGAAACUGGAAUUUAUUGACAGUCUGAGAGAGGCUUUAGAGACAAAAGAAAAACAAAACCAAGAAACAACUGAAAAACUGCUUCAAACUGAACACAAUCUGGCUGAAGUUACAAAGACAUGCAGCAACUUUGAGAAGGAAAACUCUGAGAUGAAAGCAACUGUUGCAGAACUGACACUCAAACUCAAUGUGCUGAAAGACAAGAUCCAGAAACAAGACGCAACUAUAGAAUCAUUACAGAACGAUCUGGUUCAAACAAACGAUGAUCUCGACAGACUGAACGCAGCUCAUCUGGAAGAAAGAGCACAGCUGGUUCAUGACUUGCAGAGCUGUGAGCGUGAAAUCGAUAGACUUCAAGAUGUCGUCAUUGAUAAGGACAAAGAUAUAUUGGCACUAACAUCCAGCACGGCAGAAUCCUCGGAGCAAAUUCAUGAACUAAAACGGGAAAUGAAGUUCAAAGAGGAUGUGCUGACUAAAAUUGAACAGGAUGUUCAAAUUUUUAGAGACCCACAGCUUUCUGACCAACAGUUCAUUAAUGUGUUAAUACCUCAGCUGAUUGAACAAUUGAAGAGGACUGAAACUGAUCUAAAAGUAGCGAGAAAAGAUGGUGAGUCAAAGAGUAAUGAAAUUAAAGACUUAAUAAAGCAAACAGAAGAGGAUAAGAAAACAAUUCAGGAUCUCCGCAUGGAAAUACAGAAGCUGAAUAUGAAUCUCAAAGACCAGCUACUGGAUAGAGAACAAGUGCACGAAAAAGACUCUUUCCCGGAGGAACAUAAUACGUUGCUUGCUGAAGUCUGCAAAUAUAAAAGUGAGCUUCUGAUGUUCUCUAGAAAGCUUGAGGAGCAGGUUGAAUGUCAAGAACAGCUUAAGCAAGAUGUACAAGACAAGUCAAAGAUAAUAUCUUCAUUGGAGGAGAAGCUGAAGAUCGUUCAAGAGGAGACAGUAGCAGAGAGAGAUAGAUUUAACAAAGAACUCAAGUUUCGAGAUGAAGCCAAAGAAAACCUUGAGAAACAUUUGUCUGAUAAAAUUGAGAGUAUUCAUUUGGUAAACAUUAACAACCAGAAACUUCAGGAAUCAUUUGAGCAGACUUUGGGAGAGCUUGCAAGACAAAAGCAGCACCUGGAUAAUGCUAAGGAGCAAUUGCAAGCUGUGCAAGAUCAGAAUUGCAACUUGCUUUUACAAGUCGAAAGUCUCACUAAUGACAAUUGUCAAUUGAAGAGGGAAAUUGAGGCUAGUGUCCAGUCCCUCUCUGGUGUUUCAGAAGAAAAGAAAAGAUUGGCAAGCAAAAUAUCUGAAGUUGAACAGAAGCUUUCAGAAAGUGUUAAAACAAUAGAACACUUGCAAAGAGAUAAGGAAGAGCUAACACUCCAAGGAAAUGAAUUGAACAAAGAACUCGAGCAAAACAAACAGUCAAUGGAUAAGAUUUUUUUAGAAAAAGACGGCAUUGUUAGACUCCAUGAGACAUUGAGUAGGCAAAAUCAACAAUUACAAGAAAUGUUUGAAGAGAAACAAAAAGAAGUGCUUAAACUGGCCCAAGUUGCGUCUGAAAUGAAUAACAGGGUUGCAAUAACGCUUGAAGAAAAUGAAAAACUUGCUUCUAAAAUUGCUAGUCUUGAUGAACAGAAUAAGUACCUUCAGAAACAAACCAAUGAACAGAUGAAGUUACUCACAGAAACGACCAAGGAGAGGGAGAAUCUACAAAACAAAAUCUUGAUUUUUGAAACACGAGAUGCGGAAAACCGUAAAAUCAUAGAAGGCUUGCUUAAGCAAAAGGAAGAUUUGCUUUUGCAAGUAGAGGAACGCAAAAAUAUUGAAAAGAAACUGCAGUCUGGAGCUGAGACCUUACAGGAAAAGUCUUUAGAAUGUGCAGCCCUCUCAAAAUGUCUCAGGGAGACCAAAGAGGAAGUAGAUCAUCUUGGGAGAGAACUUGAAUCCACCACUUCUCAAGUCCUUCAAUACAAACAGAUUGUUUUUGAAAAAGAAAAGACCUUAACAGACCAAAGUACACAAAUGGAAACUUAUCAGCACCAACUCAAGCAAUUACAACAUAGUAUUUCCAUUCUUCAAGAACAAGCUAAUAAUCAUAAAUCAGGUCUGGCAGAGAAAGACACACUGCUGCAGAAAGAAUCAAAUUCAUGUCGUUUGCUACAAAAUGAACUUAGUCAUGAAAGAGAACUUGUUUUUACCCUUCAACAAGAGAUAAGCUAUCUGAAAAUGGAGUGGUCCAGACUGAACCAGACUUUGGAAGUGAAAGAAAGCACUUUAAGGGAGACAAAUCUUGAAUGCCACGGUCACUCAGAGGAAUUGUGCAAAAGAAAUGAGUCGGUUCUUUCACUAACUAGUCAGCUUGGUGUUAUGAAUGAAAAUAUUGCGAAGCUUGAAUCUGAUAAUGCACAUUUAAAAGGCCUUUUAGAGGAGCAUUUAACCGAAAAUGUACGAUUAAAAGACGAGAUGAGACAGAAACAAAUAGAGGUUGUGGAAUAUCAAGAUAAUAUCCAGGCAAUGAAUGACCAAAACAUUAUAAUUAAAUCUGAACUGAAGAAUUCAAUGGCAGAAAUAUUUAGACAACAAGAGAUGAUCACGUCCCUACAAAAUGAAUUGGAAAGUAAAAGAGUCGAACUGGCAUCUUUGGCAGAACAGUUAGAAUCCAAACACUCUCAACUUGAAGCUUUACAAUUCAAUCUGCAGGGGAAAGAGGAAGUUUUUAGGACACAGGAGAUGUCUGUAAAUAAGAUGCAAGUCAAACUGUUGGAAAGUGAGGGCCAAAUCACCCAGAAAAUAACAGGGAUCUCUGAGCUACAUGAAGAAGUUCAGAAUUUGCAGACAGCUUUGCAAGAAAAAGAUAAGUUGCUGUUUAACAAAGAUAAAGAGUUUUCUCUGGUUAAGAAGACAUUAAUGGCACAAUCAGAAUCAUGUGAAGCCAGACUGAAAUUAGAAAUGGACGAAAUUGCUAAAAUUCAAAGGGAGUUAAAGAGCUUACAAGAAAAGAAUAACCAUCUCGUCAGAAUCAUUAAUGAAAAUGAUUCUUUAUUGAGACUGGAGAAGGAAAAGUGUCUGCACUUGCAAGGUAGUGCAUCUGAACUGGAAAACACAGUUUCACUGCUGACCUGUCAAACAGAGCAAUUAACCUCAGAGAUCACACAACUCAGGGAAACACAAACUGAGAAGGAACAAGUCACUUUUGCUGCUCAGUCGCAAAUUCAGAAACUGGAUGAACUGUACAAGAAACUUCAAGAGGAAUUCGAUUUGACCAAACAAGAGCUGCUUAAAGUUAUCAGUGAAAAAUCAUUAAAGGAAGAAGAAAUCUGUAAAUUGGUCCUGGAAAAAGAAGAGAUCUGCAGAAAUUCCAAUUAUCAGAUUCAGAGAAUUCAGCACCAGCUACAACACCACAAGUGGGAAUCCAGCAAAGUGGAAGAAGACAAGACGAUGGAGAGAGAGAAACACCAUAUCCUGGAGUCCAUGGCUUUGCAGGGUAAAGAUGUGUCUCAAGAACACUGGGUCCAGUUGCAUAGCCAUCUGCAGCACUGCCAGCGAGAGGUCCAGCAAAGGGAGUUUAGCCUCCAACAACUCAACAUCAAGUUGCAACAGGCAAUUGAGGAAAAGGAAGGGGUGUCCUCCCAGUUAAGCACCAUUUCCAAGAUGCUCAGAGACUCACAGCAGACUGUUAGUGAGCUCCAGAAUCGCUGCUAUUGGCUGGAGAGACAAUUUCAAAACCAGUAUUCACCCACACAGGGUUCAGUCUACACAGAAGUUCCACCAGGAGCCCCUCAGGAACCAAUCAGUGCCAAUUUUAACCCAAGUGGUUCAGACAGCGGAGAUCUCAAGAUGAGGCUGGCUGAGGCAGAGUUUCAUCUGUCUCAGUUAAACUCUAGAUUAGAGGAGGAGAGAUCAAUGAGAGAGGUUGCAGAGGAAGCCAUGCGGUUGACGGAACAGAGAGUUAAGAGCAUGGAGUCAAACCAAUCACGGCAUUCUCAAAGGGACUUUAGUAUUCAGCUAGAAAAAGAUGAGGAACAGUAUGAAGAUCUUGUUCUUCGCCCAAGCCGACGCCUGUUUAUGCACAAGAUGAAGAGUGGGGUUCAAUUGUGCCAGCGUUGGCUCAAAGGAAGGAGCAUAUGCUGCUGUUCCAAACUACUGCCAUUCAGGGGGAAGUCACGCUACAUAUUCAUGGGCUACCUUCUUAUGCUUCAUGUGCUGGUUUUCGUGUGCCUCAGUUGGUCCCUUUAGAAAACAAUUAUCAUCAAAAUCACAUAUGCACAAAUAGAAGAUCUGCAAAAAAACUGGUGUGGGCAGUAUAAGAGAAAGGCCCACAGUCCAGGUGUUUCCGCUUACUGUGAUGCAUGAAAUAAUGUAGGAGCUUCCCUUUAGUUGCUCACUCAAAUGGUGUAAAGCAGAAUGGUGAACUGUGAUUUUCUGAGACAUCAACUUGAUCUGAAAUUUACUAUGUCAUACUGGUUUCCAUAUAGACUUCAACACCUGCAUUUAUAAUACAGAGACCUUGUGUAUUGGCAGGUACACAGAUGGCCAUUAGAGUGUAGAUUAUCUGAUAUAAUUGCUAUGCACUGAAAUCUUAAAUUUAGUUAAGCAAUUAUGUUUUUCACAUUCUAUCAUCAAAUAAACCGAAGAUGAAUGUCUUGCUUGUCUGCACUGGAAAUAAACAUGAGAUAAAAAAAAUAAUAAUAAAAUGUAAUUGUAUGUGUACAGAGAGAAUAUUGAAUUAAUGUGCAAACUUUUAGAAGUUAUAAGCAAGCAAACUAAAAUUGUGAGAAGCUUUACUAUGAAUCUGAUUACAAUGUACAGUAGAAUUUGGAAUUAAAAUUGUGGUUUUAGAAUUAAAACUAAAUUAUGGUUUAUUUUGAGGGUUGAUAGUUUCUGUGGAAUUUACUUAUAGUAUAAAACUCUCUGAAAUGUUUGCUUGCAGAGCCAUAAAGUUAUAUUAUUGUGUAAAGUAGUUACACUACCUGUUGUGCAACACUGUAUAUUUGUAUAUGGGGUAUGAUAUAAGAAAAAGAGUGAAUCUGUGUUGAAUUAAACUACUGAGACCUA